GAGCUCGCGUUUCUCCUCACUCACCCCAUUCUCUCUUUGCAGCUGCGAAGAGAAUACAGAGACGCAGGUAGAGAUAGAAUCCUACUCUGUCUCUAUCUGUCGAAAAUAAUCUCCAAAAGCCAACAUCCUCCAUAUCUCAAUCCUCUUUUUUCUCCGCUUCGAACGAUUCUCUAUCUCUCUCUCGUCCCCUCUUUCUCUCUCUCUCUCCUCAUCCAUCUCUGUGACGCGCAACAAAGAAUUGCAUCGGUGGAGUUAUGCAGGCAGAUCAGACGGCGAUAAGUUUGAGACCAGGUGGUGGCGGUGGCCUUCGUGGAACCAGAUUUGUUACCCCUCGCUUCGAUUCUUCCUCCGCCGAUUCCUCGUCGCUCCGUCCACAUGGCGGCGCUGUGCCAAUCUUCAAGACUGGAGAUCUACGGUUCGAAGGUCGUGAGAGAAUCCAAUACACUCGAGACCAGCUUCUGCAGAUUAGGGAGGUUGCAACAGUCCCGGAGGAUAUAUUGAAGGUCAAACUAGAAGUUGAGACUGAGAUUGUUGGGGAGGAUCAAACAUGGGCUCGUUCUGAAAGCAUUCCGCAAUCACAAUCUCAAAGCCGUUACUUUGAGCCUGACAAUCGAGACUGGCGUGGUCGAUCCGGACUGUUACCUGCCUCUGCAGAUGAAGGAUCUUGGGAGGCAGCUCGUGAGAAUAAGGAUUUUUCUGGACAAUCUGAAUCAAGGUUGCAAGGCUCAAAUAAUAGGUCUCAAGUUUCUGGUAACCAAGGGGUCGGUACUGCACCUGCCCUUAUCAAGGCUGAAGUUCCUUGGUCAGUUAGAAGAGGUAAUAUCUCAGAAAAGGAACGUGUUCUGAAGACGGUAAAAGGCAUACUUAAUAAAUUGACCCCAGAAAAGUUUGACGUCCUUAAGGGUCAACUGAUUGACUCUGGAAUUACAACCGCUGAUAUUUUAAAGGAUGUUAUAUCUCUUAUAUUUGAGAAGGCUGUGUUUGAACCCACAUUUUGCCCUAUGUAUGCACUUUUGUGCUCUGACCUUAACGAGAAACUUCCACCAUUUUCAUCUGACGUGCCUGGAGGGAAAGAUAUCACGUUCAAACGAGUCCUCUUGAAUAUUUGCCAAGAGGCAUUUGAAGGUGCUGAUAACCUGAGGGUAGAAAUCAGGCAGAUGGAUGAUCCUGAGCAUGAAAUGGAAAGAAGAGAUAAAGAAAGAAUGGUUAAGCUUCGUACUCUAGGAAACAUUCGCCUGAUAGGUGAGCUUUUAAAACAGAAGAUGGUGCCUGAAAAGAUUGUUCACCAUAUUGUCCUGGAGCUUUUGGGGUCUGAUAAUAAAGCAUGCCCUGCUGAGGAGAAUGUUGAGGCUAUUUGUCAGUUUUUUAACACAAUUGGUAAGCAGCUGGAUGAGAGCCCAAAAUCUCGGCGGGUCAAUGAUUUAUAUUUCAGCAGGUUGAAGGAGCUCACCGCAAACACCCAACUAGCACCAAGGUUAAGAUUUAUGGUUCGCGAUGUUCUUGAUUUACGGGCCAAUAACUGGGUUCCUAGGCGCGAAGAGGUGAAAGCAAAAACCAUCACUGAAAUUCAUUCAGAGGCCGAGAAGAAUCUAGGGCUUCGUCCGGGUUCGAUUGCUAUGAUGAGAAAUGGCCGUAAUGCUGCUGAGGCUCUUGGAGGAUUAAGUCCUGGUGGUUUUCCUGUUGCCCGACCCGGCUUUGGAGGUAUGAUGCCUGGAAUGCCUGGAGCCAGGAAAAUGCCUGGUAUGCCUGGAUUUGAUUCAGACAAUUGGGAGGUUUCAAGAUCCCGAGCAAUGCCGAGGGGCGAAAGCGGAGGUCCUACUCAGGCUUCUGCCCGUGUCCAGACACCAUUAAUCGGCAAAACACCUUCCAUCAAUUCAAAAUAUCUACCUCAGGGAAGUGGUGGUGUAAUAACGGGUAAAACAAGUGCCUUGUUGCAGGGUAGCGCUGCAUCUCCUGCCCGACCAAGUUCCACGCCUGGAACUCAGCCUGUAUCUCACAACCCUAGACCAGUUGCUCCGGUUGCAUCAGCCAUGCCCUCUCCCCAGAAGCCUGCAACUCCUGCUGUGGUGUCCAACUCUGCUGAUCUUCACAAGAAAACUGUUUCGCUACUUGAGGAGUACUUCAGCGUACGGAUUCUCGAUGAAGCUCUACAGUGUGUAGAGGAGCUGAAAACCCCAGCUUAUCACCCUGAUGUCGUUAAGGAAGCCCUUACCAUUGCACUUGAAAAGAUUCCACCAUGCGUCGACCCAGUUGUUAAGCUUCUCGAGCACUUGCUGAACAAGAAUGUCUUGACUGCGAGGGAUAUAGGUUCCGGGUGCCUUCUGUAUGGGUCAAUGAUGGAUGAUAUCGGCAUCGAUCUACCCAAAGCACCAAACAAUUUUGGUGAGAUUCUAGGGAAGCUAGUUUCGAUCGGGGGUCUGGAUUUCGCCGUUGUGAAGGAGGUUCUUAAGAAGAUGGAAGAUAAUUUUUUCCAGAAAGCCAUUUUUGGUGGUGCUAUGAAGAGCCUCAACUCUAGCCCUUCUGGAGAAGGAAUUCUUGCGACUCAGAGGGUUGAGAUUCAGGCAUGUGAGAAUUUACUUGCGUGAAUUUAGUCAUGUGGGAUUUCGAUUUCCCAUUACGUUUUUGAUCAAAAAAUUUUCGUUCCAAGUUUUACGUUCUCAUCGCGAAAGACAAAUAACUGAUCAUUUAUAUUGAGUUGUAUAUCUUUUUUUUGGGGUCCUAUCAACUUUGUUUAGUAAUUAGGAGCAAAAGUUUCUUGCAUUUCUCUUGAUCGCCCAUCGAAAGUACUUUCGGGUGGCUGGAGAAUAACAGGAUUUCAUGAUGGUCCAGUUGUUACAUUAGAUUUUGAAUUUAUAUGAUGUAUCAAAAACAUUGCUUGUUGUACUUUAGCCCUUGUGUGGCCCCUCAGUUUUCCCCUCAAUAAUGUCUCUGCUUUUAUCUUA